AUGUCCGACCUUAUACCACGGAUCACAAGCAGGAACACAGGUGACAAAGUGCUUAUUUUGGCUCACAAGCAAGAGCUCGUCAGGCAAGCAGCUAUCACGAUUCAGAGAAUCAAUCCCGAUUUAGAAGUCUGUAUAGAUAUGGCACAAUCCAAGCCGGAUCUAGAAAGCAUCGAUGUUGUCGUAGCAUCUGUGCCCACAUUGGUCUUCAAAAGCAGGUUAGAAAGGUAUAAGCCGGGGGAUUUCAAGGCUAUAAUUUUAGAUGAGUGCCACCAUGCCACUGCUAAUUCAUGGACGAAGAUUCUCAACUACUUUGGUGCAUUAGAGAAAGAGCCCAAGAUAUAUACCAUUGGAUUUACUGCUACCCUCGAGAGGGCCGACGGCAUGAGCUUGGGCAAAGUCUUCGAGGAGAUUGUCUUUGAAAGGAAUCUCAUAACCAUGAUCAGGGCAAGAGAGCUAUGCGACGUCAGAUUAUCCAAGAUAGAGGUUUCGAUUGAUUGGAGCAAAGUGCGGUCUUCAGGGGGCGACUUUGUUCAAAAAGACCUUUCAGAAGCUGUCAACAAAGACGACAUAAAUGUCAUGGUUACUCGGGGAUUCAUGCAACUCAAGAAGAAGUACAACUACAAAUCCACUUUGAUCUUUUGCGUGGAUAUUGAGCAUUGCAAAACACUUUGCGGGGUCCUCCGGAAGAAUGGUAUCAAGGCUCAGUAUGUAACUGGUGAGACGGUUCAUCACGAAAGAAGGGCAAUUUUGGACGAUUUCCGCAGUGGUGAGAUUGAAGUUCUCUGCAAUGUUCUUGUUUUCACCGAAGGGACCGACAUACCGAAUAUCGAUUCCCUCGUUUUAGCACGGCCGACAAAGUCGAGAAAUUUGUUGAUACAAAUGAUUGGACGAGGAUUGAGGCUUCACCAAGAGAAAGACGUUUGCGACGUAAUUGACAUGGUGGAUGCCACUAAACAUGGCUUCAAUACCAUCCCUACGCUACUUGGAAUGGAGUCUGCUAUGAGAGUGGCAGGUAAGUCCGAACUGCAGAUCGAUGAAAGCAUGGAGAGACUUUUGGAAGACACCAUUUUGCAUAAUCCUCGAGAGAAGGCCAGAUUGAAAAAGGUGGACCUCAUCGUUCAAUUGCAAAGGCAACUCAGUAACUUGGAAUUGAGUUUUCAGACGAUAGAAGGGUUUGCAGACAUCGAAAGGAGAGGUGACGUGGAAGAGGUCCAAGAGGACAUAAACCGCAUCAUCAGGGAAAGCAAACUUCCUUGGGCAAGAUUCACAUAUGAUCAAUGGGGCAUUACUGUUGGUAAAAAGAAUUUUAUGUUGGAGCGUUGUCCUGACCAAUUUCAAUUUUAUGAGGUGAGCUAUGCGACCAUGAGCAGAUUGAUAGCCAGUGGUUUCAAGGCCCAUCGGUCACAUGUAAAUGUUAUUCGCCAAUCGAAAAGCAUUAAAGAGUUGGUACUAGACGCAGAAAACAUGCUCUACAGCAGGCUUGUUGUACUGGAGCAUAUGAAAAGGCCAGCUACGAGUAAACAAAUCGCAUUCAUUGUCAAGAAGCUCAAGAAUAAAGUGGAGCUGCUAUAUGGAGGGACUCCAGAAGAGCUUGCCGAGAAACUCAAGCCGUGGCGGAUGAUCCGUGCUGCAAAUUUAUGUUUUGCGGUAAAGGUGUCUGUCAAUUGUCUUUGGGUCAAAUGGGAGCUUGCAAGGCUUUUUGGCUACAGCGAGAAUACCAAGCUCAGGAUGAAGAAGAGAUUGAAUAAGGUUGAUAAAAAGCUAGCAUCCGACCAGUAUCUACCUGAGGGCCCUCAAUUUCAAGGCGCUCCAAUUGUUGAAAAGUCUUUCCCUUCCGCUUCUGAAGAACCUUCAUCGCCUUCGUCGAAGCCGGAAUCGCCUUCAAGCUAA